GUAGUCGGACUGGUAACUGGCUGUGAUCUCUUAUCCCGCACCUCACCUGCCCUGUCCCUGCUUCACUGAAUAUCGUUUCUUUUGGUGUCACGGGGCAACAUCAUCACUACUGCUCUCUGCAACUUCACGUCGGUACGAGAAAGACAAUCCUGUCAGAAAAAUGCGUGAGUGUAUUUCUAUGCAUGUCGGCCAGGCUGGCACCCAGAUGGGCAAUGCAUGCUGGGAGCUCUACUGUCUGGAGCACGGCAUCCAGCCAGAUGGUCAGAUGCCCAGUGACAAGACGGUCGGCGGUGGAGACGACUCCUUCAACACCUUCUUCAGUGAGACUGGGGCUGGCAAACAUGUCCCCAGAGCUGUUUUUGUGGAUUUGGAGCCCACAGUCAUAGAUGAAGUGCGAACAGGAACUUAUCGCCAGCUCUUCCACCCCGAGCAGCUGAUCACUGGAAAGGAGGAUGCAGCAAACAACUAUGCUCGUGGUCACUACACAAUUGGCAAGGAGAUAAUCGACCUGGUUCUGGACAGGACUCGUAAACUGGCUGACCAGUGCACAGGGCUCCAAGGUUUCCUCAUCUUCCACUCGUUUGGAGGAGGAACUGGCUCAGGCUUCACCUCUCUGCUGAUGGAGCGUCUCUCUGUCGACUACGGCAAGAAGUCCAAACUGGAGUUUGCUGUUUACCCUGCUCCUCAAGUGUCCACAGCAGUGGUUGAACCCUACAACUCCAUCCUGACCACCCACACCACCCUGGAGCACUCCGACUGCGCCUUCAUGGUGGACAACGAGGCCAUCUAUGACAUCUGCCGCAGGAACCUGGACAUCGAGCGCCCAACCUACACCAACCUCAACAGGCUGAUUGGACAGAUCGUCUCCUCCAUCACCGCAUCCCUGCGCUUCGAUGGCGCCCUGAACGUUGACCUGACAGAGUUCCAGACCAACCUGGUACCCUACCCUCGUAUCCAUUUCCCUCUGGCCACCUAUGCCCCGGUUAUCUCAGCAGAGAAGGCCUACCAUGAGCAGCUCACUGUGGCUGAAAUCACCAAUGCCUGCUUCGAGCCAGCUAAUCAGAUGGUAAAAUGUGACCCUCGCCAUGGCAAGUACAUGGCCUGCUGUCUCCUGUACCGUGGCGACGUGGUGCCCAAAGAUGUCAACUCUGCCAUCGCCACCAUCAAGACAAAGCGCACCAUCCAGUUUGUGGACUGGUGUCCCACUGGCUUCAAGGUUGGCAUCAACUACCAGCCCCCCACUGUGGUUCCUGGAGGAGACUUGGCCAAAGUGCAGAGGGCCGUGUGCAUGCUGAGCAACACCACCGCCAUUGCAGAGGCCUGGGCUCGUCUGGACCACAAAUUUGACCUGAUGUACGCCAAGAGGGCCUUCGUCCACUGGUAUGUUGGAGAGGGAAUGGAGGAGGGAGAGUUCUCAGAGGCCAGAGAAGACAUGGCUGCCCUGGAGAAGGAUUACGAAGAGGUGGGAACAGACAGCGUUGGAGAUGAAGGGGAGGAAGGAGAGGAGUACUAGUUAACUUAUGGUUUCAGUGAGUUUGCCUGAGCCUUGUUCUUGAUAAAACGUUCCUAAAGUAAUUAUUUUGUUCUGUGUUUACUUGAGUCAGCAGACGUGUGCAGUUAUUUUUAGAAGCAUCUUUUAAGGAUAUUGCAUAGAGAUUUUUAGGCUGCUAAAUAUUCUUCUAUUGGGUAAACAGAGUUCUUCUAAAUGCCCAAUUUCUAGUAGUUUUGAAUGUAUAGUUUAAACUCGUAAGAAUGUGAAUAUUAACUUUCUGGCAAUUGAGUCAAUGGUUGUAGCAAUGAUGAAUCAGAUGGUGACAUGUAGACUAAAAGUAUGAAGUAUGUGGCAUUGACUGGUCAGGGUUUUACUUUAGAAUCUGAUGUUUCAGUUUAGAAUUUGAUGUAAAGCAAGUCCCACUAAUGUGAAUAAAAGAUGUCAAAAGUU